AGAUCGACUGUAAAGUCAGACGUGUAUCUUCCUUCCAGUCAAACAGGAAGUUUCCUACCAAACAGCUGAAUGAUGAACAGUCCCACGAACCAGCGCUUGAUUGUUUCUCGUUUGUCUGAGAUAAUUAACGUAUGAAUUCACAAGAGGAUGUCAACCGACUUCGAGUUAAACUUCGAGAAUCAUCGACAGUAUCCUGUGAUGGACGGUGAGACCGGCACCAUCUCCAUCGACCAGGGAGGAGAGUGGGACAUUAGCCUGUUUGAUGAGCUCGACAACCUCGGAGAUGCAGAUGAGCUGCUUGAGGCUCUGGAGAAUGCCGGCUAUGUCAGCGAGGUUCCGGACCUGGACUUUGACAUCGACAUACCGUCAUGGAAUACAGUGGACACAGGCAGCACCUGCACAGAUGGUGAGGUGAGCGUGGACUCUCUGUCACCUGCCCACACUCUGAGCUCCGUCCCCUCCCCUUCCUCUGUGGAAGCCCUGUCCCCGUACUCCUUACAGGAUGAGGCCCUGUCCCCACAGUCGCAGCUCUCUCCUGUUUCAUUCUGCUCGGAGUCCAGCGGCUUUUCUGGGAUUGCUCCCCCAACUAAGAAAGCUCCAAAGAGGAGCAGCCAGACCACACGAGCCAAACAAGCUCAGCCAAUCAAGAGGCCAAUUCAGACGGGCCCGAAAGUUUCCAUCCAACCCAAACCGCUGAUUACAGCUGUGCCCUUGGCUCAUGCAGCAGCUCCCCUGCAGACCAAGACAAUCAUCAUCCAGCCCCUUCAGACCACCAUGCUGCCUGUGGUCAAACCAACUCCAGUCAGCAUCCAACCAGCGCCCCCUCCAGGAUGUCCCAUAGUGCUGCCUCAGCCGAGCCAGGUGCUUCAUAUCCAGGCUCCGCAGGCUGUCACCAGCAACGUGGUCACCAGCAACGUGGUCACCAUGCCAACGCUCAGACAGGACAGGCCUGUCCCUGUCCCGGCUCCUCCAUUGGUCUCUGUCGCACUUCGAAGCCCUUCGUCGGACGACGAUUCCAAGAUUUCCCAGAGGCAGCAACGCAUGAUAAAGAACCGCGAGUCAGCUACCCUUUCUCGGAAAAAGAAGAAGGAGUAUCUGCUGUCGCUGGAAGCUCGCCUGAAAGUGGCAUUGUCUGAGAAUCAGGCGCUCAAGUGUGAGAAUGGCAACCUCAAGAAACAGCUGGAGGACAUGUUGAGUGAGAACACAGUACUAUCUGCAAAGGUCCCCAAGAGGAGAGCCGUGUGUCUCAUGGCGGUGCUGGUGUUCCUCAUGCUCAACGUUGGACCAAUGAGUCUGUUUCAGGGCAGCUCCAAGCAUGAAGUUUAUUCCCCACAGCCCAGCGGCAGACACCUGUUGGGUUUCUCCUCAGAGCCAGACACAGAGGCCAUGAUGGGCUCCGAUCCCCUCAGUGAUGGCCCCUCUGAGAUUGCCGACAGCGCUGAGGAUAAGGCUCUGAUGGUGGUGAAGGACCCCAUCUUCCUCAGACCACCUCCUCCCUGCCAGCCUCCUGUAAACAGGACCAAGUGCUUAGAGUUGGCCCAUGAGCUGAGGGGUUGGGUCCACCGUCAUGAAGUGCAGCAGACCAAAUCCAGGCGCAUGAGUAACAGCAAUCACAAACCCACCAGGACCAUUCUGAAAACGGAGAAUAAGGAGGCCGAGAGUGCCCAGAUUGUGACCGUCCAAUACACAGAUACUACAGAGGAAAACAGGAAUCAUGGCAACGAGCUGCAGGUAUACUACGCACCUCAUCACACCUACAGCGACUUCUUUGAUGAGAUCAAUCGUCGUGGCGACACUUUCUAUGUCGUGUCUUUCCGAAGGGAUCAUCUUCUACUUCCUGCCACCAGCCACAACAAAGGAAGUCGACCCAAGAUGUCUGUGGUGUUGCCAGCCAUGAACAUAAAUGACAGCAUCAUCAGGGAAGACAAGUACGAGGUGAUGAUGCAGAUUGACUGUGAAGUAACGGACACCAGGAUCCUCCACAUCAGGUCCUCCACCAUUCCACCUGUGCUCAGGGUCAACCGCACGGACACGUUUUAUCAGCACUCCCAGACUGACAGCCAGGCCCCACCGCCCGUCGGCGUUCUAAUGGGGUCUGCGUAAGGUCACCAUCAGCACCUCUGUUAUUUUUAUCUCUUCAACAAGACUCACGAAGACAAACGGAGCAAAAAGACCACAAUCAACACUUUUGUUUUUAUUUGUAUGUGAUGAAGUGUAUUUUACAUGUUGUGCUCCCACUGACUUCACGAUUGUGCUAUAGAUUUGAAUGAAUCCAGUCAACAUAAUUCAAAGCAAGUUUAAAACGUAGGCACCAGUCAGCUACAUUCUUCAUUCGGGCUGAUAUCCGGAGGUAGUCUGCAGCUCCUUGUGUGGCAAAACUGACUUCUCCCUGUAACCCCAGACGCCCCACAUAAGGGUAAUUGCUUAGCGGCAGGAGGCCGAGCAUUGAACCCUGAGUCACCCCAUCAUAACACAAAUACUUUCACCCCAUAGCAGCGCUCCUCCAGUCUGCACUCUCUUUUUUAUUUCUGUUGUUGUUGUUGAUUUUAGAACAAGCUACAAAGCCAGAGGAGUAAAAAAGAAAAUGAUUAUACACUCAAGAUCAAUCUUGUAGGGAAUUUUCCUAACUAAAGUCAGAGAAAGACAUUUGUGAUAUCAGUGUUUACAAGCACGGCAAAUUCUGUGGUUGUAUUGACACAAGAUGAGAGCGCUGUAAUCGUCUCUCUUACUCAGUCAUCUGUUAGCUUCUAACUAAAGCAAGUUUUACGAGCGAUGGAGUAAGAGAUGCCAGAUUGAUUAGAUGCAGCACUUCUAAUUCAGUGAACUCAGGAAGUCAGGUGAUCCGUGAAGGCUAGCAGGCUGACCGAUAUGUUGUCAGCUGGUUUUCAUUAAAUUCAGGAUUUCAGGUGCUCUGUUUUUUGUUGUUUUUUUUUCGCACUGUAUUGAUGAAGAAUUUAAGUUUUGUUGGUCUUUGCACUGUGCUUCUCAGAUUCAGAUAUAUAUUUAUUUGUAGUAAACAAACUCCUGUGGUGUGACCCGUUUCACUACUUUGUUUUUAUUUUCUGUGUCUGAUUUCACUUUGUUGGAACUGUUUAUUUUAAUUGACUACAGAAAAUCUAAAUGACAUAAUGUGUAUACAGUAAAAAAUGGUGGAUUGGAAGGAAACAAAGAGGAAAUGUUAGUGCUGGGAGAUUUCUUUAGUGUCUGUUGAAUGGCUGGACAUUCAGAUUUGAUCUUUGGAAAUAAAAUGUUAUCUUCUCUGCUGUUGAUGUUUGACAUCUGUUGAAAAAAUAUUGAGUCUUGACUUUGCCGUCUGUUGGUUAAAGUGCACUUCUAAUCGGUGCACUUAAUCAUGUAUUGAUUUUUUUUUUUUUUAACUGUGACGGAGCUAAAUUAUCGGCAAGAUUUUAGUACCAAUUAUUUG